AUGGGUUUAAGUGCAAAGUCCCUGAUAGUUGCAGAGGAUUUGAGUGACAAUGUGGAUGGUAAAACAAUCAAUUUUAAGGACAUUCACAUGUCCCCAAGCAAGGUAAAUGGAUUAGCAGCAGAGAUGGAGUCUGAGGAGGAGGAAGGAUUUAGUGAUAUUUCUCUGGGGCUGUCGACAGAAAUAGGGGAGACAGAGAGAUGGUCUGGUCACUUUGUGGAUUCAGAUGGGGCGUCAGGAGGGCUGGGCAUUCUGUGGAAUCCUUUGGCUAUUCAAGUGGAAGUUGUAUCAAGUUCUAAGAAUUGGCAGAUGGUUAAGGUGAUUUCGAAGACUAUGAAUUUCUCAUGUUUUCUUGUUAAUGUCUAUGGGCCGACUUUGGUUGUAGAUAAGUGCAGAUUAUGGGAGGAUAUCUCCAGGUGUCUAGAGGAAGUGAGGCUAUCUUUAGCAAUUGUUGUUGGAGAUUUCAAUACCACCCUUUCUUCCUCUGAGAAGCGUGGAGGGGUGAGGAGGUUGAGCGGGUCACAAUUGGACUUCCAAUCUUUUAUUAACAAGAAUGCUCUGUUUGAAGUGGCAGCUAAAGGUGGGGAUUACACAUGGACUAAUAGACGUAGAGGCUUUUCCAAUAUUGUUGAGAAACUAGAUAGAUUCUUCCUUGCAAGGGAUUGGAAUGUAGCCACUUUGGUUUUUGAGGCUGAGGUUCUAGCCAUCUUAGGUUCAAACCAUUUUUCGGUCUCCUUGGUUGUGCAGAAUGAUGUAGUUCCAAUUCGAUGUCCCUUCAAGGUGGAAAAGAUGUGGAUUAGGGAACUGAGUUUUAAAGAGCUUGUAGUUGGGUGGUGGAAGGAGGCCCCAGUGGUGGAAGGGAUCAUUGAAGACCCAGAUCGCAUAGGUAAAGAGGCUGUGGGCUUCUUCAAAAAUUUGUGGAGGAGAAGUGGGAUUGCUCAGUCGGGCGUGCAGACUGAGCUUCUGGAGUUAAUCCCUCCCUUAGUUUCUAGGGAGGACAACAUCAUGCUUAAGGAGCCUGUCUCACUGAAGGAAGUCAAAGCUACUGUGUUUGGAUUAGGUGGGGAGAAAGCACCAGGACCAGAUGGGUUUCAAGAUUUCUUUUUUCAGUUCUUUUGGGAUGAGCUUGGUGAGGAUUUGCUAGUUGUGGUUGAAGAGUCUAGGUCCAGAGGCUUUGUUUUGAAGGAAUUCAACUGCACUUUAGUGGCGCUUAUUCUUAAAAAGGCCAAGCCGGUUGGGAUGGAGGAGUUUCGUCCAAUUUCACUAUGCAACACCAUCUACAAAAUCAUUACAAAAGUUGCUGCUAAUAGGCUCAAGUUAAUUCUUGAUAAGCUGAUCUCUUGCGAACAAAGUUGUUUUACUCCUGGAAGGAAUAUUGUGGAUGGGGUGAUUGUGGCCCAUGAAGCUAUUCACACGGCUAUGAAGGGUAGACAGAGGAGAAUGAUUCUAAAGCUUGACAUUUGA